UGAAUGGGAACAGCUGUUUUGUUUUACUUAUUAUAUCUUCUGUGUCAGUUGCUUUUAUUUAAAGCAAAGUGUUGGCUGCUACGCCCGAGGAAAUCACCUAUCUAACCAACUUAUUUUUACCAUUUAGAUUAUUAUUAAAAAGCGCCAAGCUGUCGCAGGCAAAGAACUUACGAAGACAAAGUGUGCUAUCACGACUACGAAUGUCGCAACUUCACCGCCGAGGCAGAGUUGGAAAAACUGAGGAACAUCUACGUGAACAUGACUAGCGAUGUGAACUCGACACUAAUCGCUGAGCUGAAGAUCUACGAAUGUUGUGAUGCAAAUGCGACUUACGCAACUGGCGACUACUCUUCAGGCUAUGACGACGAAGAUUAUGAGGAUGACGUGAUGACCCCUGGACGAUGUUGUGUGAAGGAACCGAUGCCAGUGUGGUUGGCCAUUUUGAUCCUGGUCAUUCUGGCACUCAUUCUGGCAGGCUGCUGCUUCCUCUGCUGUUUCAUUCGACCCAAACUGGAGGGACUCUGCAACCAGUAUCAGCGACCUCACAUCUCACACGACACCAUACAGACUGUGGCUGCCCUGAAGAUACUCACCAGUGACAUUGGAGGCGGGGGAGGGGGACAGAACAGCAACCCCUUUGGAGGUCAACCGAAUUGGGGUCCGGGCCAAACAAUCCCACCUCCCCCUCCCCCGAUGACUCAAUCAGUCCAUCCUAAUCAGCCCCCACCCCCACCUGGAUAUGCUCCCAACCACUACAACCCAAACAUGGCAGCCCAUCCCCCUCUUCAACAAGGGUACCAAUACACACCAGGGUACACACCCACCAACCAAUCAGCAGCACCUGGACAGUAUCCAGGGGCCUACAAUAACUACCCCCCGAAUCCAAAUCCUUACCCGCCAUCAGGGGGUCAGUCUUAUAACCAACCUCAUCAAAAUUCGCAGCAGCAAUCGCUUCCGUACCCAGUUUCAGAUUCUGGGGGUUAUCAGCAGUACCCUAGCAUGCCAGAAGCGCCACCGUAUCCGGAAAGCAAAACAACCUCUCUGGCUUAGAUGAGAACUGCAAAAAAACUCUGCAAGAAAUUAAUGUUCUGCAUGUGAAUGUCAAUUAGACUUUUUAUAAUGCAUUUUUCAUA